AUGCAUGCAUCUCCUGCCGUGGAGCAAAAAUCAAAUGCAAGACGUCGAAGGGGAAAGAAAUUCGCUUAUCAACUUUUCAGACUUAAGAGGAAACCUCCAAUCGAACCCUUUUCUGGUGAGGUCUCGGUAUUCCCGGAGGAGCCAAACAUUCAUCUCAAUGUAACCAAGUCAACGCCACCGACCGGUUCAAUCAAUCGGCCUCCUGGCGCAGAGUCAGAUGGCGCACUUUCCGAAAAUGGCCUUAGAGAGUGGGGAACAGCUGGUUUACAACCUGUCAGUAUUCUCAUGAAAGAAGUACAACUCUCUUGGGAGUAUUCUUUGCGUCUCCGAUGUCCUAGAGCCCAGUCACACAUCAAGCUCUCGUUUGGGAUGUAG